GUUCCCAGGGGCAGACUGACCAUUUGGAAACUCAGGCACUGCCCGAGGGCCCGGGGUCAGUAGGGGGCCCCAUGAGAUGCCCCUGGUACCUUUUUCAUAGGCUUUUUUGAGUUUGGGCAAGGACACAGGGGCCCCAUGAUCCUCUAUUGCCUGGGGGCCCCAUGAGUUGUCAGUCCACCCCUGGGAGUCCCUCACCCUGCUGCUGGCUGGUUUCAGGAAUCGCACCUGUUCCUGCACCCGCAGCCACAUCGCAUUUCUCUUACAAGACGCGUGAGGGUGCCAUUCAU